AGAAAGAGUUGCUUGUGCCAAAAUGGCAGCUUCCAGCCGCGCACAAGUGUUAGAUCUGUACUGGGCUAUGCUGAGAGAAAGCAAGCGUUUCAGCGCCUACAAUUACAGAACGGAUGCUGUCAGGAGGAUAAGAGAUGCCUUCAGAGAAAAUAAAAAUGUAAAGGAUCCUGUAGAAAUUCAAACCCUGGUGAAUAAAGCCAAGAGAGACCUUGGAAUAAUUCGUUGACAGGUCCACAUUGGCCAACUGUAUUCAACUGACAAGCUGAUUAUUGAGAAUUGAGAAAUGCCCAGGACCUAGCAAGCCAGGAUCAGCCACCAGCAGCGGCUAGGGACCACCUUUAGCAUCCACUUUGUGUUUGAGAUGGGGGCUCCCAAAGCCAGCUUACAACAGCCUCUUGCGCAGCCUGCCCUGUGGGAGCUGAUAAACUGAGUCACAUUUGCAUUCUGCUGCAGCUUUACUGAAAAAAGAUGGCUGUCUGUCCUUGGUUCAAGUGUUAGAAUGAAGAGCUGGAGCUCGUUCCGAAUAAUGCCUUGUGUUACCGCGUCUCCCCUCCACCCCACUCCUAUCUUGUAGCUCAUGACCACUGUGUAUAGUAUUUCUACACUUUCUUUCUUGGUCCUUGGCAAUAAAAAGGAUUGUCUCCCUGAGCCUUUCACACCAAAAAA